AUGGAUGGUAUUCCUGGCUCGGGCAAUGCCAAUCUUGUUCCGCCGAAUAUUCCAAGCUAUCCUCCUAUGCCACCACCUCCUGCUACUAUUACCGGUAACAUGCCGCCUCCGCCGAACGCUGUGCCUCCUGUAAUUCCUACAUCGGGCCCACCUUUGCCGCCUCCUGGCAUGCCUCCUCCUAGUAUGAUGAGUAUGGGCCCACCACCACCCGGUAUGGGCCCUCCACCACCGGGAAUGGGUCCACCGCCGAAUUUAGGACCGCCACCUCCAGGAAUGGGGCCACCGCCACCUAUGGGUCCGCCAGGUAUUGGUGGGCCUCCAAGAAUGCCGUCCGGCAUGAUGCGUGGUGGUCCAAAUACUAACUAUAGUCAAACGUUGGAUUUGGGACCUCCUGGAAUGGGUCCACCCCCAAAUAUACCACCGCCUGGUAUGGGACAUGGACCAUGGGAUGAUCAAGGACCACCAGGUGUACCAAAAGGAUCACUGCCGUCACUUUUAACUAUGAAAAUUGAUACACCUGAAGAAUUUAGGAAUAAAUCAACACCUGUGACUGGGGUGGUUCUCCCAAAAGCAUUGGAAGAAGCUUUAGCCUAUAAGGAUCAGCGACAAGCUGCUUUAGGAAAAGAAGCAGAGAAAGAAAUUCCAGAAGAGACAGUACUAAAAGCUCCACCAGCCCCUGUGAUUAGUACAGAGUAUGAUGUUGAAGAUGAUGAUGGUGACUCUGAUGAUGAAAACAUGCCAAAGGUUCCUCAACCACCUGUUAUAUCUAAGCAAGAGUCUCAACCAAACAAAGCAAAUAAGAAUAAACGUAAAAAGAAGAAAAAGAAGGCAGCUAAGCAAAAACGUAGGGAAGCAAAAAUCCAAGACAUACCAAAAGCUUCUAGUACAGAAGAUACACAAACUACCAGCGAUAAAGAAAAUAAAAAAGAAGCUGAUAUUGAAUAUGUACAGGAAAAUAUUCAGUUCCAUGAGCUAGAGCCCAUGUACCGCCAGUUCCACCGUAUCUUAGAAGCUUUCAAGAUAAGUGAAAAGAAGGAUGAAGAAAUUAAAGAAGAGAACAAGGACCAGCCCAAACCCAAUAAAUUGUUAGAAAAAGUUACUGAUCAGUUUGCUGCUGAUGAAGAAGCUGUUGAGAAACAUGCUGCUGAGGAAAAAGAGCGAUUAUCCAAGCGCAAGCUUAAGAAAUUGUCUCGUUUGUCAGUGGCGGAGUUAAAGCAGCUUGUCUCCCGACCAGAUGUUGUAGAAAUGUAUGACGUCACAGCGCGGGAUCCCAAACUGCUGGUGCAGUUGAAGGCACAUAGAAAUACUGUACAAGUGCCUAGGCACUGGUGUUAUAAGCGAAAGUAUCUGCAAGGCAAGCGUGGUAUUGAAAAGCCUCCGUUUGACUUGCCAGACUUCAUAAAGAAAACUGGUAUCAUGGAGAUGCGGGCAUCACUGCAAGACAAAGAAGAGACUAAGACUCUUAAGGCCAAAAUGCGGGAGCGCUCUAGACCGAAAUUAGGAAAGAUUGACAUAGAUUAUCAAAAGUUGCAUGAUGCUUUCUUCAAAUGGCAAACGAAGCCACGUAUGACCAUCCACGGUGACUUGUACUACGAAGGCAAGGAGUUUGAAACCCGUCUGCGUGAAAAGAAGCCUGGUGAUUUAUCGGAAGAGCUAAGGACCGCUUUGGGUAUGCCUGUUGGACCUGGAUCUCAUAAGGUCCCGCCUCCAUGGCUAAUUGCUCAACAGCGUUAUGGUCCACCACCAUCAUAUCCUAACCUGAAGAUACCAGGUCUAAAUGCACCUAUUCCCGAAGGCUGCGCAUUUGGAUAUCACGCUGGAGGGUGGGGCAAACCCCCGGUUGACGAGACGGGAAAGCCUCUGUAUGGAGAUGUAUUUGGGCAUCAAUCGAGUGGGCAAGACGACAAUGAAGACCAAGACAUAGAUAGAACUUUGUGGGGUGAAUUAGAAUCUGAGUCUGAAGAGGAAUCUGAAGAAGAGGAAUCAGACGAAGGUGAGAAGAUAGGAGAAGGCGAUGUAGCAACAGGAGUAGCCACACCUGGUGAAGGUCUGGUCACGCCACUUGGCAUAUCCUCUGUGCCACCUGGUCUGGAGACACCUGACACAAUAGAGCUAAGGAAAAAGAAACUUGAUACUGACCAUGAAGGUGGUGAGACCCCUGCCCUGUAUCAAGUGCUUCCGGAACGCCGCGUCGGACUCACUGCUGGAAUGAUGGCGUCUACUCACGUUUAUGACAUGAAUGCCGCCAAUCCAGGUAAGGCACGCGUCUCUGGUGACGCAUCUAGUGGGGUCGCUACGAACCCGGGCAUCGUGGAAGUCGCACUCGAUCCGUCAGAGCUUGAAUUGGAGCCCGAAGCUGUGGCAGCACGUUAUGAGAGACAUUUGCGUGAUCAAAGACCGUCCAAGCGAGAGGAUCUUUCGGAUAUGCUUGCGGACCAUGUCGCACGCCAAAAGAAUAAAAGGAAGCGCCAACAGAAUACGGAUUCUAAACAAGCAAAGAAGUACAAGGAAUUCAAAUUUUAA